AUGAAUUCUACAAAGAAAUACUUGUUGAAGGCUUUUAUCUCCCAUGGGGAGUUUCCAUGUGUGGUUUUGCCCUUGUCUCCGGCACCGAUCGACGACUAUAAAGUUGUGUUAAGAGGGAAGACGCCGAGGGAGGUCAACCUCUUCUCGUUGAGAGCUGAGACAUGGAAAUCGAUUAAAUCCCCUACGAAAGGCACUACGCAUAGGAAGGGGCUGUUUUUGAGAGAGGCACUUCAUUGGCUAGCUUAUGAGCGAGACAACACUACUCCUUUUAAGUAUUCCGGACUACCAAUAGUUCUAUUUGCCUUUGAUUUGGCGAAGGAGGAGUUCCGGAAAAGUAGUAUUCUGAACUACUUGACUUGUGAAAGCCGUUUGGGAGUUUCUUGCGAAGGAUGCCUGUAUAUAGUGCAUUAUAGUCGGCUGUUUGAGCCUAGAUGGAUAGAUUAUGUUGUUGAUUUUUGGGUCAUGAGAGAAUACAGCAACAGUGAUUCCUGGACUAGAUCCUUUAGCCUAAGGUUUUCUGAUGAGCCCGAUAAGCGGAUUUAUAUGCUUGAACCGAUAUUGUUUAAGGAAACUUGUGCAUUUGUGAUGAACAGGCCGAAGAAGUUUGAUCAAGACAGAGAAGAGAUGCCUGAUCACAUGUAUAUGAUUCAUGAUCAAAAUAAACAAGAGAACGCCAGCAUGUAUAUUCUUCACAGUAAUUCCCCAGACAUGAUCGUAUAUGAAGAGAGUCUCAGUGAGUAUCAUGGGGUGGAAAAGGCUCUAAUCCUCUAUGUACCACAAGGCUUGAUAACGCUGAAAAGAUAA